AUGGCUGAGAUCCAGGCGAAGCUGCAAAAGCUGUCGGAAGAGUACACCGCGUUGCAACAAGAACUUCAAAACACCGUCCAGUCGCGGCAAAAACUCGAGGCCCAGAAGCAGGAGAACCUUGGAGUGAAGGAGGAGUUCGACAAGCUCAAGGAUGGCGAGCAGAUUUACAAGCUCGUUGGCCCCGUGCUGCUGAAGCAGGACAAGGUGGAAGCUGAGAGCACGGUGAACGGCCGCCUGGACUUCAUCACCAAGGAGAUUGAGAGACACGAGGACCUCAUUAAGGAAGGCCAGGGUAAGCUCGAGAGGAAGAAGGGGGACAUCAUCCAGCUCCAGACCAGCGCACAGGCUGCGGCGGGCCAGGCCAAGAAGGCAUGA